AUGAAACGAACAACACCUACUGAAGCAAAUAAAUUAUACAUUAAAAUACAAGCUGACACAAAAUAACUAACAAAUGAACUACGCAAGAAUAGAGAUUACUAUGGCAAUGGUGAUAUAUUUACGCAAAGAAACGUAGAUCUCGUCAAUCAAUAUCUCGUUACAAUAGAUGCUUACUGUAUGAAGGAUCUUAAAAGAUUAAAAGUCAAGGAUUUUCCACCUUAGCAUACUUGGUUUAACAGUAAACCUUUAUCUUUUAAUACAGAACUUAAAAACAAAUUGGUAUUAAUUGAUUUCUGGACAUAUUGCUGUAUAAACUGCCUGCAUGUACUACCUGAUAUAGAAUACCUUGAAAAUAAAUUUGCAUCAGAAAAUAGCAUUGCUUUUAUGGGAUGUCACAGUGCAAAAUUCUUAAAUGAAAAAGGAAGUACAAAAGUAAGAGAUGCAAUAUUGAAAUAUGAAGUUAAGCAUCCAGUCAUAAACGAUGAUAAAAUGAUGGUAUGGAGAGAUUUUGAACGUCGGAGCUGGCCAGGAAUCAUUAUUGUUUCGCCAAGAGGAGUGCCUAUAAUGAUUUUAAAUGGCGAGGGUUACAGGGAUGUCCUUGAUCUCUUUCUCUCAAUUGCUUUCGAUUUUUAUUAUGACAAAAUGAAUCAUAAGCCAACAAUUCAGAUAGAGCUUGAAGAAACAAAAGCAACAGCCUCCAAAAAAAACCAGUAACUUUCAACUGAAGAACUGACUGCUUAAGCUCAGAAUCUGAGAUUCCCAGGGAAAUUAUUAUGCAUCGAAAAAUAAAAAGGACUGGAUAGCAGUCUGCUGAUAAUAUCAGAUACAGGUAAUAACAGAUUAGUACUGGUUAAUGAGGAAACACAUGAUUUUAUUGCCACUAUUGGUAACGGAAAAAUUGGACUUGUUGAUGGAGGUUAUGAUGAAGCUAGUUUCCAUCAUCCAUAGGGAAUGUGCCAUGUUUACAGAGACAACAUGCACUUUGUAUAUUUAUGUGACACCAAGAAUCAUGCAAUCAGAGAAAUUAACAUAUCGAAGAAAGAGGUAUUAACAGUAAUUGGAACCGGAGAAAAGGGAUUUGAUAGAGAUGGAAAUAAGGAUCCUGAAGUAUAGAAACUAUCCAGUCCUUGGGAUAUUGUUGCAGUGAAUAGAGAUACAUUACUAAUAGCAAUGGCAGGGGUUCACUAAAUAUGGGCACUCAAUUUAAAAACUAACAGAUGCUUUAAUUUCAGUGGAUCAGGGAAAGAAGGAAAUCUUAAUCAUAAAUAUGAUUUGAAACUAACAGAAUGGGCACAGCCAUCUGGUCUAAGUUUAGGAGUAAUCUCAAGCACUAAAGUAGAAUUAUAUGUAGCUGAUUCUGAAUCAUCUUGUAUAAGAGCGAUAAACAUGAAAUCUUUGAAAUCUACUAGAGGUAUAGUUGGUGGUGAUACCAACCCUAAAAAUCUGCAUGCGUAUGGAGAUAUAGACGGUCAAGCUACAACAGCGAGACUAUAGCAUCCACUUGGAGUCCAUUUUAUUAGUGAUAAAAAUGUAGUAUUAGUUUCAGAUACAUAUAACCACAAAAUUAAAGUAAUUGAUCCAUUUAGAAAUGAGAUUUUUACUUGGCUUGGAAAUGGGAAGGCCUCUCUUAAGGACGAGAGUACUUUCAAUGCUUCUUUUAACGAGCCAAGUGGUUUUGGAUCAAUUUAUGAUGCUAAAGCUCAAGAUGUUAAGAUUUACAUAGCUGAUUGCAACAACCACUGUAUAAGAUCAGUUAUUUAUGAUUAGGGAGAGACAAAAACAGUUGAAUUCAAGGGUAUUCCACAUGCAGAAGCCACUCCAGACAACGAGGAAACAGAGGGGACUACUAAUAAGAGUGGUGCUAAUGAUGAGGACUUAAUGGGUCUUGAAUGUGACGGCAACCAAUGUUACCCAAAGUUCUUUUGA